CCCGUGCCUCUCGCAUGCGAAGCGAGCGCUCUACCAUAUGAGCUACAUCCCCUUGAUGAUUACACUAAGGUUAAACUAUUAAUACUUUAAUCAAAAAGUUGUUUUUACAUUUCUAAAACAUACAAAAAUUUCAAUUUCCUAAUAAAUGUUUCUGUGGAAUAUGCAGGAAAAUAUGAGAUACAAACGGGAAAUUUAUGUUUUUUCUGACGUUUAUACUAAACAAAUAAAUUUUCUAAAAUGAUAGAAGAUUGUUGGUUCAUAUGGAAGAAUACAAAAUAAACAUGAACAUUAACACAUGCAAAAUCGUAACCCAAAAACAAAAACAAACAAACAAUAAUUAAAUACGUCUGUACAUGAUUGGUGAUAAACUUAUAAUCAUUGAGGCGGCAAAGAUUUUUGUACCACACUAAUGAAAGUUUUAUAAACUAAACUGAAAAGUUAUUUAAUUAUUAACUUAAUUGUUAUAGUUUACUUUGUUUUUAAGUUCUGUUACAAUAUCGCCUAAGGGGACCAUACUGACCAAAUGUACCUAAUGAGUAAUGAUUCAGACUAUGACUGAUCCACUUCCCAGUCUGGUCCAGUUAGGACCCUACUCCCAUCUCUGUCAUCUUUUCCUCAAAAUAAGCAAAGUAAAACUCCAGAUUCUCAAUUAUCUUUAUAAAGAUUUCACUAUUUUUUCAACCUCAUAUAGCAAUUGACAAUUGUUUUAACUGGCAAAAAGCAUAUUACUUUUGGUAUAUUUUCUGUCGGUUCACGUGUCGGUUUAGUGACAGAGGGGACAUAACUUGUCCGAUACUCCACCAGUGAAACAUCAACUCCAAGCAUCUUUCUCAAAAUCCAAUCGAAGGAAAAGAUUAAAAACACAAUUUGGUGAUUAUGAUUGAUCGCCAUCUUCAACCACUUUCACCACCAAACUCAAUCACUCUUCUUCUUCUUCUUCCUCACCAAAAUAGCAUCCAUCUUUACUCCUCUCGUCUCUCUCUCUGCUUCAACUUUGGCCAUGAGAACCCUCAUCGGAUUCUACAUCCUCUGUCUUCUACUCGGACAAGAUCUUCCUUUUCUACUAGCAGAUGACGUCAACUUCAUCAACGACUCAACCCAAAACCUCUGUUUCGCAACUCGUUUAUCUGACUUCCUCCCACCACCGUACAGCAACAUCUCCGACUCUAUGCCGUGCACACCUCUCUGGAACACAUUCGUCUUAAGGUACUCUGAAAACAGAGACAAUGUGAUGACAAUCAUAGUCUCGGCUCUGUAUACAACCGGGUGGGUCGGAGUCGGAUUCUCCAGAGACGGGAGGAUGGUGGGAUCGAGCGCGAUGGUGGGGUGGAUUACGAAGAAGGGUCAUGCUAAAAUCAAACAGUACUAUCUUCAAGGAACAGAGAGAGACCAAGUUGUGCCGGAUCAAGGAGAGUUACAGUUACAGAAAGUUCCUCCUGUGGUGGCUCUUCACGGAGCGAUGAUUUAUUUGGCUUUUCAGGUUAAGUUUACCGUUAAAGUUCCUCGUAGAGCAGUGAUUCUAGCGUUUAGCUCAGUUUAUCCUUCGAAGCUAGGUCGUUUGAGUAAGCAUGAUGAUAAAACUACUGUCAUCGUUGAUUUCUCCAAAGCAAAUGGAGUAACGUCCAAAGAAACGCCAGCUUCUACGGAGAAGACAAAACAUGGAGUAAUGGCGAUACUCGGAUGGGGUUUCUUACUUCCGCUAGGAGCAAUCCUGGCGCGAUAUCUCAGACAUAGAGACCCUCUUUGGUAUUAUCUUCACAUCAGUAUCCAGUUCACGGGCUUUAUCUUCGGUUUAGCCGCUGUUAUUCUCGGGAUUCGGCUUUACAAUAGGAUCCAACCAGAUAUACCUGCACACCGAGGCAUUGGGAUCUUUCUUCUAAUCCUCAGCAUUCUUCAGGUUUUGGCUUUCUUUGCGCGGCCGCACAAGGAGACAAAGAUGAGGAGAUACUGGAAUUGGUAUCAUCAUUGGAUUGGGAGAAUCUCUUUGUUCUUUGGAGCAGUGAACAUUCUUCUUGGAAUUAGAAUGGCUAAUAGUGGAGAAGAUGGAUGGAGAAUUGGAUAUGGGUUUGUUUUGGCAGUGACAUUACUUGCUUUUAUUGUUCUUGAAAUAUUCAGGAUUCGUGGCUCUAUUGGUUCACCUUCUUCUCACACACCUCCUUCUUUUGAGACACAUCCAAGUUCUACUAGUAGUGUCUGAUUCAAGAUCCUCGGUCUUUUGUCAUUCCUGUGUUUAUGUACAUACCUUUUUUGGAUUUUGUUGGGUGAAGUAAUUUUACUGGGUGAAGUUUGUUUAGACUAGCAUGGUGGAAUUUUUUACUUUGUUCGUUUUGUUUUUAAUCUCUUUUUUUGUUGUCAUUUUGACUUGUAAAUUGGAGUCUUCAAGGUUGCUUUUCAUAUACUUGAUUUUUAUUAUUA